AUGGAUCAUACGAGCACUACGGAAGGCGAAUUACCAAGAUUCAAUUUCCCCGGUUAUCACUGGAGAAACGAGUGGAUAUUCUCUUUUCUUUCCUCGUUUUCUGCUCGCUCACAUGGACAGACCAACAGUGCGGGGAGGAGAAAAGAUGGAGACAUCUGGAGAAAUCGGAGGACUCAUUGGAGGCGUGUGGCCGAACCACGGCCCGAGGAGAGUCAAUUGAUUGCAUCUGGGGAAUCUAACUGGUUCAAUAGUACGGAGAAACUCGGCCAGAUUAUCUGGGCAAAGACUGGGCAGAACUUGGACUGGAAAACUGGAAAACUGGAGACUGGAGACUGGAGACUAGAGACUUGGGAGGAGAUUGAGAAAGUAACAAGGCAGAAUACGACCGCAACCAGAGUCGCAUUCUGCCGGUUGCAACUCUCCGCAUGCGGGGACUCGUAUGUAGUAAACUCUAUGACUGUCGACUACCACACUACCCCAUACUCCCAACGCCACUGCCGCUGCACUGGUGGUCUUUGCUGGUUCUACCACAUCGGCAUGCCGAUGUCACCUCUGGAACAAUCCGCAGGUUACAUCAUUGUGCAGUCCGGCCUCUUUAUCUCUGCCUCGGACUACUUUUUCCCCUUGGAAUCCCCUGGUGCCUGGGAACUGAGACAAAAACAAGAGAUUCACUCUCGAGCUUUCUGGUUUUCCUUGUUUACGCACGAGUUCUCAUCUCCGGAGACCAACUUCUUGGCCUCGGCGUUGAUCUGCCAUCUCGGCACUUGA